AUGAUAGGCCAGAUCAUCAGCCUUCUUGUGGCCUUGGUUACUCCAUGGUUAGCGGUUCCUGAAUUGGAGAAGGCAGUGAUAACGAGAUCCACAGCAAUGGAAGAGAUGGGCAAGGACCCUGCAGCCGCUUUCCACGGUCCGGCGCUCACCCACGCCGUGGUUCAAGGGCCUCCAGGCUGCCCCCGGGAUGGCUCCAGGCUGGCGGCAGGGCCGCCCGGAGCAGCAACUUUCAGCCCCGGGCCUCAGCCACCCGGGCGCUCACGGAAGCUACGGGAGAUGCUGGUGGCAGCAGAGUUGAAGGCGGGCAGCGCCUCGCAGGCGGGGCACGUGCCGUUCGGCGCGUGGCGGGGGAAGUGGAGGGCGCACAGGCGGCGGUUGAGCGCGGCGUUGGUGCCACCUACCGACACGGACGCGUCGCAGCAGCCCGUCCCCGUCAGUGCCGACACCUUCCCCGCCAGACUGUGGCGGCUGGUCAACAGCCCGCGCUGCCGCUCCGUUCGCUGGGGCGCCUCCGGCCGGGGGCUGGUCAUCAACCAGCCGCUCUUUGAGUGCGAGCUGCUGGGUGCAGCCGGGUGGCCAUGGGGCAGCGGCAGCCACCGGUUUCUUCAAGACCAAGAACUUCAGCAGCUUCAUCUGACAGGGAUGUUGCCGGGGAGUAGUGUGGUAGGGCCCGGGCCUGGGCCGGGCCCAGAGGGUGGACAAGGCAACGGUGGCAACUGCACCGGGCCCCUGCAUCGCUUCUGCAGCCCCCACUUUCACCGCGACCGCCCCAACCUCCUCGUCCACCUGAAGUGCCUGACGAAAGGCAACAAGGCGAAGAUGGCAGUGGGCCUGGAUGUGACCAGCCGCCCACCCAGCCGCUUCCAGCGCUUGCUUGGCAUGCCACUGGACGGGCAACCGCUGCUUCUGCCCUCGACGCUCAGCAAUGCCAACAGGCCUGGACUGCUGACUGUAGGACAGUUUCAUCAACUUUAUGGUCAAGGUGUUUUCUCUCCUUACUCCUACAUGGCAACCUCGUGCCGAGCCCCCAGCACUUCAGCAGCACAAAGAUUAGAUCCGACUCCAGUCCCUUCCACUUGGAUCCAGCAGGGACCACUUGGGUUGCUGCCAGGGCAAGGGGCUUCCCCAGCUUUUCCAGAUAAAGGGGCUGCCUUUCCGGUACUCCAGACACUUCCAACAGGAGCCACGUACACACUCCAGCCUGUGGCUUCUCUUCCACCACUUCAGCAAGGGACUCAAAGCGUUGCCGCAUCCAUUGCAAAUUGUAGCAGAUCUGCAUCUUCAGUGCCAUACUCACAAGCCUGCUAUCCAACAGCCACACCACAGAGCUGUUCAGCAGCAGCCCACACAGAUCCUCUGGCUGGCUGUGCUGGUCCUACUGCUUCAGUGUGCACCCACGACAGCUUUGUCCAGGUGAGCGUAGACUACUGAAAGGAGGUGAAAGCGAAGGAGACUGUAUGAAUGAACUGCAGGUUUAUACACUUGUGAAAUUAAGGAUAUAAAUUUGAAAAUUGAUCUGCUUGAUAAAGUGAAAGUGAUGUGGUUUACAAAUACCUAUUUCAAAGAACCACUGAAUGUUAAACGGGUAGUUUUGUAAUUCAGGUUAGGUUUCAGGGUAGCAGCAUAGUGGGUGUCCUCAUCAGUGGAGUGUUUUUUUGCUUGACUUCACCAGAAUCACUUUUAGUUAAUGAGCCUGCAUUUGUAUUGGAAGAAUGUUCUUGCCUGGACAAAAAGAGAUUCUUUAAUAUUAUGAAAAUACUGAGAAGCAGCUCCACUUCUUUGUCCCGGACAGCUUCCUGCAGUCCUGAGUUUCAUUUGUUGAACGAGAAAAACUAAGGUGACUUUUUGGAAUGGGCCCCACCUCAGAGAUCUCUUAUUAAAGAUAACUCCAGUACUUCCUGUAAAUGCAUUAUGUAAUUCUAGUGGAAACUGCACCUUAUUUGGAGGGCCUGGCUUAUCAGAUAUCAGAAGAUCUGAAGUAAGAAUGCAAGGGCUUCUUUUCUAUUACAGCAUAACGCAUAUACUUUUUUCCCCCCUCACAGAGGACAAGCAAAGCAAGUUAUGCUUAUGUGUGUUGAAAAAGGGUUGACCUACCCAAGCUUGAUCAUCCAGUUUCCUGUCUUGCAAAUAUCAACCUUUGUCUUUUAUUCAUGAGUUUUUUUAAAAAAUAAGCUUAUCCAAGAUGGGCAGG